CGAACCACUGAUUCGAAACAAAAGAUUCGUAAAUGUUUCGAAGCCUCAUGAAGCAGUGCUUCGAAAACGACCAUCACUAAGUUUAUAGGAGUUUUACUCAUUGUGGACUAUUUUGUGGAUCCGUAGUGACAAGGACAAUUUUAGAUGAUGGCCGCUGAUGUGGAUAAAAAUGCUGUGGAUCCAAAGGAUGAUAAUCGUGAGGAACGCGCGUCUCCAUCCUGCCGAGUCGCCCGCUCACGUUUCAAGCUCCUGACCUUAUUCAUGAUCGCUUUUGUUCCUUUGAUUGCCUUUUGCAUAAGAUAUUACCAGGACAUCCAGUUGCUAAAACGACAUGAGGCUGGCCUGAAGGCGCUGGGAGCUGACGGGCUCUUUUUCUUUCAAUCCUUGGAUACUGAUCAUGACCACUAUCUCAGUCCAGAAGAAUUCAAGCCUAUUGCAGAAAAACUUACAGGUGUGGCACCUCCUCCAGAGUUUGAGGAGGAGUCACCACCUGAUCCAAAUGGAGAGACGCUGACCCUGCAUGCUACAAUGCAGCCAUUACUGUUCGAAAGCAUGACUAAGAGCAAAGAUGGAUUCCUUGGGGUCUCUCAUAGCUCUCUUAGUGGGCUGCGGUCAUGGAAGCACCCAGCUGUUCCUUCAUCCACAUUUUAUGCCAGUCAGUUCAAGGCCUUCCUGCCACCAAGCGGUAAAUCCGGCCUGGGUGACACCUGGUGGGUCAUUCCUAGCGAACUCAAUAUCUUCACCGGCUAUCUACCCAAUAAUCGUUACCAUCCCCCUACACCACGAGGCAAAGAGGUUCUGAUCCACUCUCUACUGAGUAUGUUCCACCCGCGACCCUUUGUGAAAUCUCGCUUUGCUCCGCAAGGAGCAGUGGCCUGUAUGCGGGCAAUAAGUGACUAUUAUUACGACAUUGUUUUCAGAAUCCAUGCUGAGUUCCAGCUAAAUGAUGUCCCAGAUUUUCCAUUUUGGUUCACUCCUGGCCAGUUUGCUGGUAACAUCAUCCUCUCCAAAGAUGCUUCUCACAUCAGAAGCUUUCACCUCUAUGUGCCAAAUGACAAAUCUUUGAAUGUGGACAUGGAGUGGUUAUAUGGAGCCAGUGAGAGCAGUAACAUGGAGGUGGAUAUUGGAUAUCUGCCCCAGAUGGAGCUUAGGGCAGCACGGCCCUCCACUCCCUCUGUAAUCUAUGAUGAGCAGGGGAAUGUGAUUGAUAGCCGAGGGGAGGGAGGAGACCCUAUUCAGUUUGUGUUUGAGGAAAUUGUCUGGAGUGCAGAGAUCAGCAGAGAAGAAGCUGCAAGAGAACUGGAGGUCACAAUGUAUCCAUUUAAGAAGGUGCCAUACCUGCCAUUUGCUGAGGCCUUCGGCAGGGCUGAUGCAGAGAAGAAGCUGGUUCACUCCAUCCUCCUCUGGGGAGCCCUGGAUGACCAGUCAUGCUGAGGUUCGGGGCGGACUCUUCGGGAGACAGUUCUCGAGAGUUCGCCCAUUUUGGCCUUGCUCAACCAGAGCUUUAUCUGCAGCUGGUCUUUAGUCAAAGAACUAGAGAAUCUACAGGAUGAUGAGACAAACCUGGAUUUGAGUAAAAAGGCUCGCUUACAUUUGGAAAAGUACACCUUUCCAGUGCAGAUGAUGGUGGCACUGCCCAAUGGCACUGUGGUCCAUCACAUUAAUGCUAACAACUUCCUGGACCAGACAUCCAUGAAACCAGAGGAAGAUGGACCAGCUGUCAGUUUCUCAACUGGCUUUGAGGACCCCUCAACUUCCACAUACAUGCGCUUUCUGCAGGAAGGACUUGAAAAGGCCAAACUUUACAUGGAGCAAUAAAAGUAGUUAAUGCUCAGAUAAUCAGUGCACAUCAGAUAGAAAUAUGAGGAGUAUGAAAUGGAUAAGGAAAAAUGACAGACAGACUCUAUAUGGUCUCCUCCCACGUGUUUUUGUUUGUGGAGGAACCAUUUAACAUAAUUGGUACACACACAAAUGGCAAAUUUCUCUUCAUUUUAGAAGGCAGCUGGUGACUGCAUUUUCUUUGUUCCUUAGUUAGGGUGACCAUACGUGCCAUUCUUCCCGGACGCAUCCCGUCCAGGAUUUCGGUGGGUCUUCCGGAAGUCGUAUUUGUUGACCGCAUACGCCAUUCAGUUAAAAACAUAAGAUAUACAAUCGUAGUUUCAUUCUUACCUUAAAAUGUAACGGUUGCUUUAUUACAAUAAUAAUAAUAAUACUCCUCUAUGACGUAUGCGGUCGCGAAUACGACUUCCGGAAGACGAACACAAAAUCCUGGACGGGAUGUGUCCGGGAAGAAUGGCAUGUAUGGUCACCCUAUCUUAGUGUGCCACUUUUCAUCUGUUUUUAAGGCUUUGAUACCCUCCAAAAUAUGAUGCUUUGCACAAAUAACAUACUAUUUUAUUACUAGGGAACUAAGUUAAAAGUGCUGUUUGUCAUCCUAAUGACUAUAUCUGAAUGCAGUCAUAUAUUUUAAUAGUGGAAAAGUUUGCAAUUUAUGUGUAAAUUUAAGAUGUAAGGGAUGUCUAUAGUCUGGCACCUUAGUAGGCUGUAUCACUGUUACAAUGCAGUUUUGACCACUUUUUGGUUUCAUACACUCACAGUGACUCACUGCAUCAUUUUCUGUGUGGUUCUUGGUAGCUCUGUGGAAGAUAGAACAGUGCUGGCUAUGCUUUCUUGGAUUUGGCAGUUUGUGAUGGUCUGAUCUUAAAGCCCAUCAGGGGUGAGGCCAGACCUGAUGUUGUUGUUAAAGUCCGGGGAAGCAAUGCUGCCUAUUUUUAUCUCUGAACAGAAUACUGGCACCAUGCUUCUACAUGCACACAAAGGAGAGCUUUGGAUUUUGGCUAAACCAUAUACACUACAAUUGGUGCAUAUUUUUUAAGUUGUGAAAUGUAAUGAAUAACUUUUCACAUGCUCUCACUUCUGAUAUAAUUAAGCAGAGUAGAAGCUGGAACACUUUUUUUAACACAAGUGUCCAUAGUAUUAUUGUCUUUGAAUGGUACAGUUGGUUUGUUACUGCAAUUGUUCAUUUUUGCAAUUAUGUAUGCAACAACGUCCCUGUGACUGCAGUUUUGUUGAAGGGCAAUUCUGUACUUCUUUCGAAUAAAUAAAGUGCUUUUUAAAUAUGA